AUGUACUCGAACGCGCCAUCUCUACGUCUCGAUACCUCUGCGCUGCAGGCCGAUGCGGGAUUUCUAAAUGUGGAGAAGGAGAAGUCGCCGCUCGCGUCGGUACGCUCGCGAGCUCGGUCGGUCUCGAACCUCCCGUCGGCAUUCAGGUCGUCGACAUCACCCAACACAGAGAAACCUCCCUCCUCCCCGCUUUUAACGAAGGCUUUCGAUCUUCCCGCCGGCAAUAAAGGCAAAAACGAACUCACGAAGGUCCUUGCUUUCCAGCUCGAGCAGAUCGCUCAACGGCCGAAGGCGCCAUCGAUACUCGACUCGCUCUCUUCUCUAGAGACGCAGCAGUCAACGGCCAAGGGACCAAUUGUGGUCGCGCAGGCCAUCGAGAAAUCAAUAUCCGGAAACCUGAACUCGCUGGUCAAUCAAGAGGAUAGCGACGACGACGAGGCAAAUGUUGGAUUCUCCUCUGACCAAGCCGCCAAUCUCACCCAGCACUUACGCGAUAUUCUGCUUGUCUCCCUAGAUCGAGAUGUUAACCUGUUUGAAGACGACUCGUCUACAGACGUAUUCGCUCAAGCGUCAAAGCACAAGUCCGCGUCUCCCUUUCGGAUGAGAAGACGAAGCCAGUCCAUGACCCGGUCUCGGUCCCCCUCGCCUACACUAAGGGAAACGGCCACUUCCGAAGCGUCCGCCCUGCUACUCCGAUGCCUACGCAUCUUACAGUCACUGAUAACCGAAGACUGCCGGUUCCCCAUCGCUCGACCACGCCCAGGCCUUCCUCCCAACGCACUACAGGCCUUCUGCCUUGACAUAGCCCAGAUAUUGAUAUCCUUGCACUCGCGCUCUCCUGCUAUCCUUUCGAAAAUCGCAUUUGCUAUCCUUCCUGCGUUCACUACAUUCAGCUCUCGUAUGUUACCCCGAUUAGUUCAAUUCUUUGAAGAAUCUCUACUUCGCGACAUGCUCGCGAAUGCUGCAGCGCUACAACGUCCAUUCGGCUCCCGAGACACUAUUUUGGACGAUCUUGAGCCGCCCGCCGUUGCUAUCCAAGUCGAGGAACCUGACGAUGUUGAAUUCCCCGACGGAAGUGGCUGGCGUCGUUGGAUGCCGCGUUCGGAAGCUGACCGACGCCUGUCGUCUUCAAACUCGCCGGGUCAAGUUGCGGAGCUCUAUCAGCUCUUUUCCAUCGUCAGUCCGCUCCUCUCAGCAGCAUUGGAGAGGUUAGAUCUUGAAAGUGUGCCCAUGGACACUCGUUACCGCUUUGGUCGUCUCUUUGAGACAAUCAUUGAGCUCAAGCCCGACAGCUAUUUGGAUCUUUUGCAAACGGUUGCCUAUCACGUCCCGACGUCAAGACGCCGAGGCCUAUCGCUAUUGUGCUCUUAUUGGCCGCGCUCACUCGGUCACUUCACAGUCAGCAAACCUCUUCCUUACGUGGGACCUUUCGCACGUCCCAGCGCACCUGGACACGCCCAUCCUACAGCCCAUCAGUUCGUCCCCUGGCGCUUCGGGAGCCGGCCGCGCCCAGUUGUCUUCGAUGGAUCAUCGAGCAACGACUGCCGAGUAUGUUUGCAAGCCAUAUCGGAGUUCGGCCUUUUCUGCCCGUUCUGCAUGUGUGCAGUGCACUACGACUGCUACGAUUACCCAGAUGGCAAUAUCGCUGUUCCCUACUCUGUCGAGUCCAAUACUUCCACGCAAAAACUCGCGGUGUAUCGCUUUUGCCCCACUCUUCCUCCACGGCAAUCAUCUGUCAAGCCCCUCAAGCGCUCGGGCCACGCCUUCAUCCAGAUCAAUCUCCUGGCCACGACACUAUGUUUUAUCUGCCGCGAGCCUUUAUGGGGCUGCUGGGAACAGGGACUCAAGUGCAGCGAGUGCCCCGUAUUCGCGCAUCCUUCCUGCGUAACGUCUACCGAGACGCCGAUCGAACCGUGCGGUACCUCUGUAUUGCAUUCCGGACAUAUAUCCGUCUCAUGGAGCACCUUCCAAACGACAUUCUGCAGCUUCUAUGCCGACUGCUUAAGUUCCGAUUUCGCCACCGGCGCGCGCUACGAGGAGCUCUCCAUAUUAUCCGACGCAUUCUUUGUGCAGCGACAACUCCUUCUCAACGGCCUAGAUCUUGGCUGUCUCGUCAUACAGGGAUACAAUACACUUCCCGCGUUUGAACUCGAUGAUCUUGUCAACGCACUCCACGAUGCGCUGUCGGCGCGGCAGGUCUUCCUCUCUCCCACGCUAGAGGAAUUCCUGCAGGAGAACCAACUCCUGUACACUCAACACUCCAUGCUGUACGACUGGCCCACACUCUCGUUCAUAGCGUCCAACAUACGCACCCCGUCCGUGGAAGCAAUGCAGACGAAUGACUCGUCAACAUCUUUCCUAGCCGCACAACCACUCGCCAACGGUUCAGGCGACUCGGGAUCCAACCCCUCGGAGGUCUUAACUAUCGCCCAUCUGCGUGAUGCCCUCGGUAUCUGCUUCAAUGUGCUCUCCGAGCCGGCAGCCCGAGUUCUCCUUAGUCAUCUACGUCACGUCGGAUUCUACGAUCGCCUAGGUACAAGCACGGUUCACAAGGAGACCUUCGUUAGACCGGAGAAGAUCCUAUGCGUCUUUCCAUUGCCACUGGGCCUUGAUAUCUCUGUCGAUGUAGAGAUCCUUGUCACCGCGAUUGAGUCGUCUUUAGAAGACAUAGACUUGAGUGUGAACGAGGCCGGCCUUCUGCUCCUCACUCGGCGGUUCUGGCCGAACCAGAUGGCUACCGGGUACGCUCUUCAACGUCUUGCUCGAGCGGUAAUCGCAUGGGUUAUCAACGAGGACGAACAUAUCGCAGUGAUUCUUCGCGAAUAUGUCUCUUCGGGAAAGCCUUUGCCUGGCGUACGUUCAAGUAGCGAGAAGCCGGCGUGGCCAUCUGGAGAAGGCUCCCGCCAUGCUUCUGCUGCCAAUAAUGGUGGAGACUACGUUGCCCACCGUCGCAGUCUCUUGCAGAAGUACGCAACUGUAUGGCUAUUGGCCUUCCAUGAUCAGGAUAUACCAUUCUAUGCAAACGCACUGUACGAGACAAUUGCCGAUCUAACUGAGGAGACGAGCAUAUCCGAACAGGUCAAGGCCGAAGAUCUUGCCGUCUACCUUGCGGAUACAUCUCUGCGCUCUAUCGUGCGCCUCACCCAAGCAUCGGUCGUAUUCACCGUCUUCGAUGACCUCUUACUACGCUGGCUUGAGUCAACAUCCGACAUCUGGGCUGUUCGUAAGCCCGUCUCCACACUCACCCGCCUACUUGGUCGCGAUACUGGAGGUGGCAGUCGUGGAAGCACUGCGCGGACGACUACCAUGUUGUCUGUGACGGACUCGAACAUGCCAUCUGCCACAGACCCAUGGAGUAUCAUCAUGCGCGCGGCUCUUUCCGGAAGGCAUUCGUUUCAACAGGCUUUACAAUGGUUGGCCAUGAUGUCGAGCUCUGGCGUCGAUAUCCCUGUCGCUAUCUUCCAGCAGUUCUCUGCUCUCUCAGGCCGUUUCGACCUCGAUGUCGUAGAAACGUUACCACUGGUGUCAGCGGCCUUCUGCUCUAUCUGGCUUCGCUCUCUGGGAAGACAGGACCUACACACGGUUAUUGGCGCCCUGCAUUUGAGAUUAGCCGACAAGGUCGUGGAAGGUCUACGAGGGAAUCCGAAUACAUGGUCUGAUUUCGUUACAUUCAUUCGACUCUCCGUCGCAACAUGUCUGCUUGUUGCCGGCUGUGAGCGUGAGAAGUUGCUGAAGAACGGUUUCGUACAUGAUCACGAAGUGCGAGACCUUCCGUCAAGGCGCUCACUCAACGCCCGCAACGUCGGUGUGCAAUCGGACCCCAUCAAUCUCAGCACUCGUUUCAUCGCUGCCCUUGGCGAGUACGUCUCAACCGGCGUCGAGCAAGUUGCGAUACUGGUCGCACGCUUCUUUAGCCUCUUCAUGAGGGAUAGUCAGCAUCUCGAAACAUAUGAGGUCGAUAACUUCGUUCUGAGGAAUGCUGCUGUUCUCGGAUCUUCCGCUUGGAAGUUCUAUGAUCUCCAGAUACCAGAGCUAUAUUGUUUGCGACCGCACUUGCUAUUACAUGUCCUGUCAGUGGAGCCCCAGCCGCUUGAGACGCUCUUCGCGGAGGAAACCGCACAUUCAUUGCCGUGGGAUCAACGGUUACGGGGCCUAAAGCGUGUGUUCAGGAUUAUCAUGGACGCUCCAAGCCCAGACUUCAACGUUGAUGGCCGGCAAUGGCGCUCCAGCGUGGUCUUCAUCUUCGCGCGAUACUUCCGGGCCAUUUGGCUUGACCCCCAGGAGGAGGUUCGGACGUCCGUUCUGGCCUGGUCAAAGACCCUCCUACCUGCACAUUUCGAGCAAAUCGGCCUAUGCUGGAACGAGGCCAUAACGAAGGCCCCUAUAACCGAACGCGUCAAGCUUGUAUCGCUGCUGAUGCAACUACAUGUUCACUUCCCAACCUGGCAAAUGCUUUCUUGGGGUGCCAUCAGCGAGACUCUAAGGGAGGAGGAUUAUCUACAGCAGGAUAACGCAGCUGAUCCGGCGGACGCCCAUCUCGAAAUGUACGGCGUAGACUCUGAUGCUCAGGACUCGGUCGUUCCUGCAGCUGUCGACCCCGAAGCGUUAUCUCUCUUCGUUUCAACAGUUCUGUUGAGUCUCAAGCUUAUAUCGGCCGGGUUGCCUGUGGAUACGAACAACUACAUGACGGUCAAAUUCCACUUGCUCCGCGUCCUCGGCUUCAAGAACGUGGCGAUCGUUCCCUCGGCUACCGCUCAGUCUUUCUAUAUAUCAUACACGAAACUUCAGUCCGUGCCGGAUUACGCUUGGCCAUGUGCGGAUGAACUCCUUACGCUAUUCGACUCGGCAAAUCGCUUGCCCGUAUCCCCGGCUAUGACAAGCGCGUCGCAGGAUGAGGAGCAGCAACCGAUGCUAGUGGGCUCGAUCUUCGUGGACGUGAUCUUAACUCUCAUUAUCGAUGCUCCUGACUUCACUCUUCUCCCUUACAUGAGUGCGAAGAUGCUUCUCGAAUCGCUCAUCGUGGUCAUUCACAAGCACGACUUCGAUAGCAAGGCGCUGGGGUAUCUCUUCGGCUCGCUCCGUGCGGCAGCUAAACGCGCUCUGUCAGUCGCACUCUCGGAAGCCCCAUACGACCUUCGUCAGCUUGGUGUAUCCGUGGCGUCAGCGUUCAUCAAAACGUGGCGCAAGGAUGCUGGUAGUUUCGUACCGGACGCGUUGGAUAUCUGCGCUCGGGUGAUCUCAAGCCUCGGAGGAAACAAGGAAGACGUGCUGGUACAGCAGGCCUUGGGUUUCAUGGACCUGACGCUCUCCGCGUAUGGUGAACAGGCAAUCUUACUGGCUCUAUUCAAGAGAAAGCCGGAACCAGCUUUGCACGCGGCCCUCAAGCAAGCGACGAUGGGGGUCAAUAUGAUGACGGCCGCCGGCGAGGUCCCUCUGCGCGACCUUCUGGUCAGCGACACUCUGACAAGGAUCAAUACACCAGAUGCAGACGCCGAUACGCUGCAGAUCAUCUUGGCGAAUCUUGAGAUGUAUCUGGACUCCACGCACUCUCAACCGCUGCCCAUCGGCCUUUUGUUAACUCUAGGAACCGUCUUCAAAGGGAUCAUCGGUCGAGCUGCCGAGUGGCCCGCGGAUUCAUUCGAUCCUAGCGUCUUGAUCUCGAUAUCCACGACCGCUAUUCAGUACAACAAGGCGAACAGUAGAGAUCUACUGCUGGCUACCGAGACCCUUCUCCGGGCUGCGCUGGCCCGCUUUCACGUUUCAACCCGCAGUCUUGCACGACUACUUGAGGUAACACUGGACUCAAACCGGAGACAGAAGCAGGGUCCCGUUAGCUCGAUGAACGCGGUCAGCAAUGCGUUUCUGGAGAUCUAUUCAGGUGCACUCCGUGGAGAGACGUACAUGCUUUCGACAACCUUGAAGUCAAUGACUGAGGCUGUGAUCGAGAAGUUCAUCGAGGGCGACGCGAAGACUGGUGGUGAUGCUGUCAUGUGGGCGAACAGGCUGCCUCAUGAUGCACUCAAGUACCUACUUGCGCAGGGAGCUUCUCAGGGACAAAUAGAGUCUGACUUCGAUGCGUCUCUGCGGGUCGCGCAAAUGGUGUUUGACGGCGUCGAGCACAGCGCUGACUUCUUCCAUCAAGGAAUACAAGAACAUCUGAACAGUAAAGCGAGUCGUCUGAGCUUGAAGACCUGGAAUAUUUUUGUGCUGGCUUCCAUCUCCCGCGAUCUCCCGCAGUCUGCGCAAGCCCUCCUUCGCCACUUCCCUAUCUUCGCGGCAACCUUCCACGAAUGCCUCCUCUCACCCUCGACAAUGGGCCCGACAGACAAGGCCUCGACCAUCAACCAUGGUUAUAUCAGUAUCAAGCUCUGGCUGUUGCUCGGCAAGAAAUUGUCCGACGCUGCUCUUGAGCCCCUGCAUGCGUCUAAUGUCCUGGCCUUUCGUUUCUGGAACGACCUUUGGCCACCCUUCCUGCGCGUUCUCACCAUGCUCAUGACGGGCGCGCAUGGUGGGGCCAGCUCUGCUAUGGCGAGCGUUGCUUCAACAUCUGUUGCGGAUUUACUUUUAUUCCUACGAGACUUCCAUUCAAUCAUCUAUCUGGAGAUCGUCCAACAGGUUGCCGGGCUCCGCAAGAUGCAAAGCACGGCUCACUCUGAGAUAUCGAACACCAAGUUGGAUCGUACGCUGCGCGAGAUCAAUAACCCCGUCCCGCUCGUCCCUUGGCAAACACUGUUGGAUCAAGCCCGCGUGGAUGUGAUCGCAGCAGAGAAAUUGGACCUGCUCGAAUCGCAUGCGCAAAUACCUAUACCAAGACCGCGGGAUCCUGGCAGACAUGUAUACACGGACAGUAGAGACUCAAGGAUAGUUAGUUAG